AUGAGCGUUAUUAUGUACGUACUCAUUACUAAAAUAGCCCAUUUUAAUAUCACUCGUGUAAACACGCUUAUAUACACUGUGUAAUACAUUUCCAUCUGAUUGAUUCUGGAGUGGAGAUAUCCAUCGCAAGUUAAGUACAGUCUCGUAAACGGAUUAGCAAUCGAGUUAAGGUGUAAAUCAGUAUGUAUAGAAUACGAAUACCAGUACGGGAGCCGCAUUGGAAAUUGGCAGAGCGAAUGCAAUCAAUACCUCAAUACUUGUCUAUUUCUUACCGCUACACAGCGUACGUAAUUAGUGGUGUUUGUUACGCGUAAUGUCACGUAAUACGUACUCGUUCAAUUCCUAUAACGGUAUCAUUGCGUUUAUUACGUGCUACCAAUGGCUAUUGCCGUCGCCCGAUAACACUGAUAUUGCAUCGACAUUUUUAUGCGUCGAUAAGAUUAGAUGCGACACUUUUGCACUUGAAAUCGAUUUGUUUGGCGAGUGAAGUUUUUUUUUUAAGAUUCAGUCCUUGAAUGUCCUUGGUAAAUGUCAGACAUCUAGAGAGAUAGAGAGUAUAUAGUGCUAUAGUCUCCUUAUCAAGCUUGCUCACAGUAAUUUUCUUAAAAAGUGACCGUGAAAGUUCUCCGUCAAUUUCGUCCAUCACAUAAAACAGUCUUGAUUCAACGGGCCUGUGGAGGGCGCGUACGGUUCGCAACACAGCCCGGUGUCGCGAUCCGACGCCUCCACGGAAGACGCCGAGCUGUCGGCAGCUUUGGCCCACCAGCACCAUCUAGCUAUGCAGGCUGGUGAAUACCCGGUAGUAGGUGCUGGGGUAGAGCCCGACUACGGGCAGUAUGUGUCGUCACCGGCGGCUCACUACAACCACAUGGGACACCUCACGAUGGCGCCCUCCCAGAAAUACCCUCACGUAAUGGACUCGGUAUCAGUGAGCGGCGGCGGCAGCUACGCGGGCGCGGGCGGCGCCGGCCACUACGGCAGCUACAGCCACUACGGCACCGCCGCCUACCAGCCGCAGACCGCCUACAUGGUCGAGACUACGCAGGUGCCGCAGUAUAUGAGUCAGGUUGGACACUACGGCACUGCAGCCGACCAAACACAGAACACUUACGCAGUGGAUACGACGCAAGUACCUCAGUAUAUUGGACAGGAAUACGGGGAAGGAGGUGGAAGUGCUUCGCCCCGGAGCGCAUCUCCCGGUGCGUUGCCGCAACACAACCUACAUCUACAGCAAAGGUACGACUCAGCGUCGCUGGAGCAGCUGGGCCGGCACUACUGCGUGACGUCACCGCGCGGGGAGUACGCGCCCGACGCGUACGGCUACCAGCACUACCCCGCCGCAUACGAGCCGCCGCACCAGCCGCCGCCAUUCAAGGAUUCUCAAAAUGGAUUAAGUCUAGGUAGCGCCGGUGGACAGUCAAUGUAUGGAGACGACGAGGAGUUACAAAAACAGAUGGCGAAUAUGGCGCUGGGUGAGUUCCACGGCGGUGUCGGCGGUCGCGAGGAGACCGGCGGGCUACAAUGGCGUGAUCCUAACUUACCAGAAGUCAUCGGUUUCCUGAACUCUCCCUCCGACGUCGUGAAGGCCAACGCGGCCGCUUAUCUACAGCAUCUCACCUAUAUGGAUGAUCCAAAUAAACAGAAGACUAGAAGCUUAGGCGGCAUCCCGCCGCUGGUCCGGCUGGUGUCGCACGAGAACCCCGAGGUGUGCCGCAACGCGUGCGGGGCCCUGCGCAACCUGUCGUACGGGCGCCAGAACGACGAGAACAAGCGCGCCAUCCGCGACGCCGCCGGCAUCCCCGCGCUCAUGGCGCUGCUGUGUCGCGCCACCGACAUGGAGGUUAAGGAGCUAGUAACCGGUGUCAUAUGGAAUAUGUCUUCGUGCGAAGACCUGAAGCAGUCCAUCAUCGACGACGCCGCUCAGGUGAUCGUCAACAAGGUCAUCAUCCCGCACUCCGGAUGGCAUCCCACCAACCCUGGAGACACUUACUGGUCUACGGUGUUCCGCAACGCGUCGGGCGUGCUGCGCAACGCGUCGUCGGCGGGCGAGUACGCGCGGCGGCGCCUGCGCAGCCUGGCGGGGCUGGCCGAGGCGCUGCUGCACGCCGUCAAGGCCGCGCUCGUGGCCAACGCCAUCGGGACCAAGAUCGUCGAGAACUGCGUCUGCGUGCUCAGGAACCUGUCCUACAGGUGUCAAGAAAUCGAAGACCCGCUGUACGAUACAAGAGCGCCACCUACACAGUCAUCUGGGCAGGCGAGGAUACAAGCGAGCGCUUCGAAAGGUGAAAACCUCGGUUGUUUCGGCGGUAGUAAAAAGAAGAAGGAAGGUUCGUCGUCAUCGAACUCGACCAGCCCUCUCGGCAAGAGCGAGCCGGACGCGCCGCCGCUGGGCGACAGCGCGCCCUCGCAGCUCGGCUACUCCGUGCCCAAGGGGACCGAGAUGCUGUGGUCGCCCGAGGUGGUCCCCCUAUACAUGGCGCUGCUGCAGACCUGUUCCAACCCUGAGACCCUGGAAGCUGCUGCGGGCGCGCUGCAGAACCUCGCCGCCUGCUACUGGCAGCCCUCCAUCGACAUCCGCGCAGCUGUCCGGAAAGAAAAAGGUCUACCAAUAUUAGUUGAGCUGUUGCGCAUGGAGGUGGACCGCGUGGUGUGCGCCGUGGCCACAGCUCUGCGGAACCUGGCCAUCGACCAGCGGAACAAGGAGCUCAUCGGGAAGUACGCCAUGCGGGAUCUGGUGCAGAAGCUGCCCAGUGGGAACCAUCAACAUGAUCAGCAGGGCACAUCGGACGACACGAUAGCUGCUGUGCUGGCGACCCUCAACGAGGUGAUCAAGAAGUCGGGCGAGUUCUCGCGCUCGCUGCUGGAGGCGGGCGGCGUCGAGCGGCUGCUCAACCUCACCAAGAUGCGGCAUCGACACACGCCUAGGGUGCUCAAGUUCGCAGGGCAAGUGCUGAUGACGAUGUGGUCCCACGCGGAGCUGCGCGAGGUGUACCGCAAGCACGGCUGGCGCGAGGCCGACUUCCUCACGCCCGCGCGCGCCGCGCAGCCCCGCGCCGCCUCCACCGCCAGCGGCCAGGGCACGCCGUCGUCGGGCGCGGGCGCGCCGCACUCGCCCAGCAACGCCAACUCCACGCUCAGCCGGCCCAUGGCCUCCACCGGCGGCACGCGCUACGAGGACCGCACUAUACGCAGGCAUCGCGAGAACGAUGACAUGCCGGCGAUGGAAGUGAACAACUAUCACGACGGGCUGGGCAUGGGCAACCCCAACGGUCGGCCGAUGAACCUGCAGGGCGUCCAGGCUCAGAUGCCGAUGCCGCCGAGCAGUCGUUAGCAAGAAAACCGCACAGUCGAUGUACUUGUCUGAUCGAAUUAAGUAAAUGUAUAAUUAAAUCCUUUUCUAAACAAAAAAGAUUUAAUAUUUGGUAGAGAAAUUGGCUGCAAACUGGUUAUAAAUGACGCACUACCGAGUAAAGAUCUAUGAAAAAUGAACGAGCAUAGUUUAUUACACAAAAGUUUUAUAAAUUUCUGAAAAUAUUUAUACUGUAUGUCUUUGUGUUUAUAUAGAAGCACUGUUGCGGUUCUGAAACCAAGGCGGCGUAUACAAAUCGCAUCGGUGUAUUAUUUCGUUUCAUUCAGUAUAUUUUGACAGCCGAAGAGACAGUGUUUCAGAUUUAAAGUUUGGCAGUGGCAAAAAUGGACUAUUCUUUUAUGUUUAGAAAAGGAUGGCUAUAUGUAUAGUGUUUACUUAAUUUCUAUCGACAUAUGAUAUUCAGGAAACUUCAUAGUAACGUUAUAAUGAUAUAAGUAAAAAUGUAACGUGCUAUGUUUUAAAAGAGUGAUUCUAAUAAGUCGUCAAUGUUGUAUUUAAAAUAAUAGACUAUACAAUAUUACAUAGAAAGCCAACAAUAUUGCGAAUAACAAUUUGAAUAAAAGCUAUUUUCUUUAUUUCCAAUUCCCGUUUCCGUUACGAUCAAGACAACCUGUCAAUUACUUUAGGUUGAUCUUGUGGUAACUAAGACUUGCGAAAAUUAACCUUAUGGCAUUAAAAUAAGGUAUAUUCUCAUCACUGCAUCACUGAUAUUUUUAAACAUAGUACAUUACAAUAGUUUACAUGAAGACAUAAAAUAUCUAAUCCACUGUGCAUGAGGGUAUGACUUUGUGAGAAUUUACAAAAUUUGAUCAAUUUUUUAUUUAAAUUUUUACAAUGGCAAACUUUAGGUUGUGCAAACAUUUUGUAUUUAAGAUAUAAGACCAGUAUUAUCGUUGUUGUGACAGGAACGGAUUUAAAUCAAUUUCGAUGAUUAUUUUUUAAAUUAAAUUCUCAUGAAGUCAUGGUUUAGAAGUUGUUUAUAGUGUGAGAGUAAACAUGCACAAGCAUUUAUGUUAAAUAAUCAUUAAAGUAGCGAACGCUCGUUGAAUGUGGUAUAAGCUAUUUCAACGUUGAUUUUGUACAGUCGUCGACAAUUAACGUUUAAUGUAUAGAUUUCUCAAAGUUAUACAAUUUCUGUUAAUUUAAUAUCAUUGUUAAUUACACCGCAAUAGUUGAAUUCGUUUUAUAGUUAAAUACGUUAAAUCUGCAAACUUUUAUACGCUGUUUUCUGUCCGAAAAUAUGGUAGCAGUUAUUUAGAUAAACCGUGUGAUAUCUUUUUCAUAAAUCAGGUUUUCAUAUUUGUACGAAUUUUAUUUAAUUCACAUGACAAGAGUACACGAAUAUUUGACGGAGAUAUUUGACAAAAAUAUCCCAAAAAUAAUUUUAAUUUUCAUGGUUUGUUGUCAUUGACUGUACAUUAAAUUAGUUUGCCUUAAGGCCUAAAGUCUAAUCAUCGCAUUUGGAUGUACGUUUUAUACAAUUAUUGCCAUUUUUUUUAUUUGUAAAGAUAUCAUGUCAAUUCCCUAUGUAAAUAGUCGUGCCAUUUCUGUAUUUAUAAUAAAAAUAAAUCUUAAAAGGGUUUUCCUGUAGGUGUUGUAUUUUCUAUUUAAAAUUUGAGGCUCACCGUCAUUCGAUAGGUGUUGUUUUGUUGUACAAUUGAAAUGUUGAACGAAAUUAAAAAGGUACCAAGACAUAAUUAUUGAAAGACACAUAAAGUUGUCAUAGAAAUGCGAAGCAAUAUGUGUGUAUAUGUGCAUAAGUUGAUACAAUUAAGCACAUAAGUACUAAUAUGACACCAAACUUUUAAAAUACAGGGGCCUAACAGUGUCCUUUACAUCAACAACGGUGGUAGCUUAUACAUAGUCCGGUGGAGUUGUCAAAUCCAAGGGCGUUUUUUUACAUUCAAUUGUACAACAGUCAAUCCAAUAUGAUAUAUCUUAAUAUAACCAUUUAUACUAAAACGUGGACUAAAAAGUUUACAUUGAUAAAAAAUACAUUUCAAAUAAUCGGGUUUUGAAUAUAUAAUUGUUAUUAUUUAUAACGUAUUAGUCUAGACGAACGACCGUUUUACACGAAAUCGUUUAGUGAGAUUUUGUUGUAAAACGGUGUUAAGUAUUUAACGGUAAUUAUAGAAGUUUUGUAAUAUUUUGUAUCCAUUCCAAGCCCUCUACGAUAAUGUAAGUAUAGGCGUCUAUUGUCCUCUAUAUGUAAGUAAUAUCCGUCUUGUAUAUUAGCGUAAGAAGCGUAUGGGAUGUUCGCGUAGCUAUUGUUUAUACGGUAUUGUUUAAAUUAUUGUGGUUUUGUGAUGUGAUUUCUAUGUUAUUGAUAUGACUCAUUAGUUGAUGGCUAGUUUACAUUCUAAAUACUGGCUCAAAAAUAUGGGUAUGGCUCAUUUAAAUAAUAAUAAUAAUACCAAACUAUAUACGAAUCACUACUGGACACGGUCACGUUAACUCACUGCGGGUUGGCCAUUUUAGAUUGCAGUAUUUGGACGCAAAUGUAAUCCAUUAGAACAAGUUUUUUUUUGUCGUACUGUUGUUGAAGAGAAACGCUACUCUACGCCGUGUCGUAUACUGCCUCGCUUCCGUAACUGCAACGGAAUGAUUUGUGAGGUCUUAGUGUUAAUAAUUUAAGAAAAUACAUACAUUUUUGAGUCAAAUAUCAAUGAUAAAGAUGUCACAAUCGCGCUUGACGAGACGGUUACUGCCAAGUCAAAUAAUGACGAACUUAUAAAUGAUUUGUAGAUAAAAUAUAAUCUUGUCAGUACAUGAGGCUUGCUAUUAAGUCCUCGUAUUCAUGGACUACGUAACUACGUGUACGGUCGCAAGAUAAUAGACCUUAUUCCUAUACAGCUAAGAGCAGUUAUCGUGUGUUGACCGACGGUCCCAGCGACAGCUACCACGAGAAUUGCAAACGACGGCAGCUUUAAAAUAUGUUUUGUUUUUUCGGUUGAUUUCCCUCCGUUUAUGAUUUUAAUUGUUAGUGUAAUUAUUUAUUUAAUAUUAAAUCAUAAGAUUAUAUUUGUAGGGUUAUUAUAUAAGGGGUUUCGUGCGAGAACGGAUUGUUUUUUGGAAUAUAUUUUAUGCACAAUAAUGCAUUUCUACGUCCGCGACAGGAUAUUGUUGACUGACUACCCUGGUACAAAGGUAACCUCAUCCAGUGCAUUAUAAUGAUUUAAGUACCCGUGUAUGUAAGUUUUGUAUGAUAUUUUCUAUUAUAAAAAUGUAAGCGAAUGUACAAGAAUGUUUUUAUUACGAUAUGCUUGCCACGGCGUUGCCGCUUCCAUGAAGCGAACAUUUUAUAUUUCCGCAUAAAAAGCUUACGUUGAUAUUUGUGUUCGGUUUGUCUAGAUGUAAGUAUAUUAUUUACGCAUAAUUUCAUAUAUUUUUUAUUUAUCGUGUCUUUUAGACGGGAAACAUUAGUAAAUUGUAGGCAUUAUUAGAUAUAUUGUUUAUAUUAUAUAUCUAUUAAUAUUAAUGUCUAUAUUAAAUUUUAUAGGGAUCCUUACUUAGGCUUUGUAUAGUUAUAUUUUACUUUAUGGGCUGUCUAAUAUCGUUUAUGUACUUCCACUUCACAGUAAAAGAUCUCUUGAUGUUUCCAAAUUUAAUUUUUAAGACGUAUAGUUUCACCAUAAUGUCAAGCGUCUUAGCGCUGCUCUUUACUGAGCUAUGACGUCACUACCUGGUUAACUAUGGGACAAUGACGUCACAGGAAAAUGAUUAAAAAGUCGUGUCUUUAUGACGUCAUAAGUCAGUAAACAGCAGGACCUAGUGUUAAACCACAAGUAAAAUAUAUUAACAUCUAUGGUCAACCAUAGAUAUUAUAGUUGUUGGAACAGUAAUACUCGAUUAUUUAUAUUUUAUUUAAAAAAUUUAUAUUGAGAAAGUAAUUAAUAUUUAACGAUAUCGUCUGCGUUUGUCGUUGCGACAGUUUAGUAGUUAAAUAUAAUGAUAGUUUGUCUUAUGUCACGUUGUAUGUAGUCUAAUAGAGCAUUAUUCUCUUACAUAAAGAUACCUUAUUAUUAAACAAAUUAUAUUAUCAAAGAGAAUUAAACGAAUGAUUUUUUUAUU